AUGUCCUCCUCCAUCUACAACCACCGGAGCCUGCAGCCGACGGGGCCGCCCAACCGCGAGCCCGCCGCCCGCCUCAACGAAUGCUUCGAAAUCAUCCGCCAGGAGUUCGACGGCAUCACACAGGAGAACACCGCUCUGCGCUCCCAGCGGGACGAAUUCGAGUCCAAAGUCACCGGCCAAGUCAACGAACUCAACAUCAUCCGCCAGUCCAUCUACGAGCUCGAGAACUCGCACGCCAAGCUGCGCCAGAGCUACGACGAGGAGAUCGCGCGCCUCUCCCAGGAGCUCGAGCGCUACCGCCAGCAGUCCGCCGCCACCGCCGCCGCCCUCACCGCCGCCCAGCCCACCCCCGGGCCCGGCCCUGGCCCUGGCCCUGCCGGCGCCCCCCCGCUCGAGCGCUCCACCCCUGUCAUGCUCAGCCAGCCCCCGGGCCCGCCAGGCAGCGCCGGCUUCGACGCGGGUUUUCACGGGGCCCGCGAGCGCGAGCGGGAUAGGGACCGCGACCGCGACCGCUCGCUCGCCAUCGACAGGGAGCGCGAGCGGGAACGCGAAAGAGACCGAGAGCGGGACAGAGAAAGGGAUAGAGACAGGGACCGCGACCGCCUGCCCGACGCGCGCGACAGCAAGCGCAUCAAGACCGACCGCGAGCGCGUCAUCAAGACCGAUCGCCCCGAUCUCGGCUUCAGCCCGAGCCUCCCGCACCCGCUCCCCUCCUCGAGCAAGCUGCCCCCGCCCGCGAACCAGCCGCAGCCGUACCCGCCCGCCGAGGCGAGCAACGGCGCCGCCCCCGGCGCGGGCGAGGAGAUCGACCCGCACAACGUCCCGCCGGAGCUGAAGAAGGAGGGGAGCGACUGGUUUGCGGUGUUUAACCCCAAGGUGAAGAGGGCGCUCGAUGUGAAUCUGGUGCACACGCUUAUGCAUGAGAGUGUCGUAUGCUGCGUAAGAUUCUCCGCAGACGGCAAGUAUCUCGCGACGGGGUGCAACCACACCGCACAGAUUUACGACGCAAAGACGGGGCAGAAGACUUGCGUCCUCAUUGACGAGAAAGCAGACAAACAACGAGACCUGUACAUCCGCAGCGUGUGCUUCAGCCCAGACGGCAAGUUCCUCGCCACAGGCGCCGAGGACAAGACCAUCCGGAUCUGGGACAUCCAAAAGCGCAAGAUCCGCACGACCUUCGAGGGGCACCAGCAAGAGAUCUACUCGCUCGCCUUCUCGCACGACGGGCGGCUCAUCGUUUCCGGCUCGGGCGACCGCACCGCGCGCAUCUGGGACAUGCUCGACGGCUCGUCAAAGGUGCUGCACAUCGGCGCGGGCGAGGGCGGCGACGAGCCCGCGCAGGCGCCGACGCCGCCCGAGAAGGGCGCGGGCGACGCGGGCGUCACGAGCGUCGCGAUCAGCCCCGGGGGACAUUUGGUCGCUGCCGGGAGCUUGGAUGCGAUUGUGCGGAUAUGGGAUGUGCAGACGGGGACGCUCCUGGAGAGGUUGAGGGGGCAUCAGGAUAGUGUGUAUAGCGUCGCGUUUACGCCGGAUGGGAAGGGGCUCGUGAGCGGGAGCUUGGAUAAGACGCUGAGGUAUUGGGAUGUGCGGGGUGUGGGGGAGCGGAGGGGGCCCAGCGCGAACGGGAACGGGAAAAAGGAGGAGAAGGGGAUGUGUACGAUGAAUUUCACGGGGCACAAGGACUAUGUGCUCAGUGUGGCGGUGUCGCACGACGCGAACUGGGUGGUGAGCGGGAGCAAGGACCGCGGCGUGCAGUUCUGGGACUCGCGGACGGCGGUGUGGCAGUGUAUGCUCCAGGGGCACAAGAACUCGGUCAUCUCGAUCGAUCUGAGUCCUGUGGGAUCGUUGCUAGCGACUGGGAGCGGGGACUGGCAAGCGCGGAUAUGGAGCUACACAACUGUAUGACGACCCCCCUUUCUAAUUUCAUUCUCCUCCCAGAGCUGAGCGGCCUCCCUUGCUUCAUUACCCGGAUACCUCUCGUCCGUCUCUGCGCGAUUUCUUCUUGGAUCGUGUCGUGCCAUGUCAAAAUGCUUGCUUGCUUGCUCGCAUACGUACUUCUGCUGUGUCCAUAUUGUUUUCGCCUCGUAGUUGCCCUGUAUAUAGCACGAAGCCAAUGUACAUUGUACAUCGACCAG